AUGACUCUCCAAUCGCCACUCAUUAACCUUCCAUACUUCAUUCUCCCGAACCAACUUGUGUAUCUGCCAGGUGUCACAUACCAAACAGGACUAUCAAAGUCGGAUUCCAUACAGAUUGCCACACAUUUCAACGAUAAGCUCAAUGAUAUCGACGAACCACUUGCAAAGCAACUUAGAGCACUUUCAACAGAUACUUCCGAUCAACUGCGUGUUAAACUACAAGAGACUUCAAUCUCACUUCUGCCAGGCAAUGCAUUGAUCAUUGCUUGUAUUCCAUACAUUGAGAGUACGCCAAAUAAAACAAUUCCUGCCACAAUCAGCAGGAUCACAAGUAUACGUGUACACAAACAUCAAUGCAUCAUUAGCUUUAAUGCUCUGUUUCGGGCACAUGCAAAACUUGGAAAUACCAGACCUCCAAAAACUGCCCCAAGACACGGAGAGUGUACUUUUUCGAUUAAUGUGGAUGAUAUUGCACCAAAGAAAGUUACAAAAGGCAGUACUGAAUCUUUGAAUCUGAUCACAGCCCGGGCAUUGAGCACAAUUAAGUCCGUUUACAGCUUCAACAGACGAUAUGCCGAGUUUAGGAAAGAGCAAAAGGAGCAAAAACUUGACGAGGAGCUUCAGCGGAUUCUUCUGCAGCUCACACCUCUUGCUUCAUUAAUGAACGCAGAACUUUCUGGAAAAGAAACCGGCGGCCAGUUGCAGAAACUUUACGAGUUGUAUGGGCAAGCAAGGAUGGAAAAGGAUGCUACAGAACGGUUGAGAAUAAUUAGCCAAUUAAACGAUGUAUUUGUUGCCGUCUUCCCGUUCUCGUUUCGACAAAGAAUUUCCUAUUUGGGUGAGUUCGACCACAACAGGAGGCUUGAAAUGUUUCGCUCGUACCUUGAGUUUGCAUCAUUUGUCUUGGACAAGCAGCUCGAUAUGAAGUAUGUUGCCGAACAGUGGGCAGGCAUGAAAGAUCGGCUCAGUGCGGACGACUUCAAAAUGCGUGAAAUGCAAUUUGUCACGUUUCAUUUGCAAUCAUUGAAGCAGCUAAUACGACUCUAUGAGAGAGGAAGUGAGAGAAAAGAAAAUGCAUUUGGAUCGGUGCCAGACCCGCAGUCGGAGAAAUUGAAAGGCUUUAUUGCACAUCUUGAUGGUUUGAGGAUGUCACCAGACGGCAAGAGAUUGAUUAGAGCCGAUUAUAGCUGCAUGAAGCACAUGCCAAAGAGUGGAUCAGAGUACCAGGUCCUGAGAACAUACAUGGAUGUGAUCAUGGAUAUUCCGUGGCAGAAAUUGCACAAGUCGGGAAAAUCACAGAGUAUCAAUUUGCAUGCAGCCAUGCAACAACUUGAUAACGACCAUUACGGCAUGCAACGUGCAAAAGAGAGAAUUAUAGAGUAUCUUGCUGUUUUGAAGAUGCACAACAGAGUUACAGAUAAGAGGAAUAUGAUACAUGCUAAGGAAAAGGCUGGAGCAAAGGGCCGUAAGGCGGAGAGUUUGAAGAAUUCGGAGAAUAGAAAUAAAAGCAAUUCAAGCAAUUUAAGCAAUUCAAGCAAUCUAAAGAAUACAAAGAAUACAAAGAAUACAACCACUUCGGUAAUUUCGAUCAGAAAUGCGGACGCCCUAGGCUUAAUGGAUGAAGAUAAUGACACAGGCAUCGAAAUCGAGAAUCAAGGUUCCUUUAAUGCUCCAAUUCUCCUCCUAACAGGCCCUCCAGGUGUUGGCAAGACAUCAUUGGCCAAAUCGGUUGCAAAAGCACUCGGAAGAAAGUUUCAAAGAGUUUCGUUAGGCGGACUGGACGACUUUGCCGAUUUAAAGGGCCACCGUAGAACUUACGUUGGUGCUAUUCCAGGACUGAUAAUCCAGGCUUUGAGAAGAGCACAGUCGUACAAUCCAGUGAUUCUAUUGGAUGAAAUCGAUAAGGUGGGCGGUGCAGCCAGAAACGGUAACCCUGAGGCUGCAUUAUUAGAGAUAUUGGAUCCAGAGCAGAACAAGAACUUCCAGGAUCACUAUGUUGGUUUUCCUGUGGAUUUGUCGCAGGUUGUCUUUAUCUGUACGGCAAACAACGCAUGGAACAUCAGUACACCAUUACGGGACAGAAUGGAGAUGAUCGAGCUUAGUGGAUACAGCUAUCUAGAGAAAGUCGAAAUAUGCAAGAGAUACUUGAUUCCGAGACAGAUGCAAAGAAACUGUUUGCCACCCGGUUCGCUCCAUUUGGAUGAUGAUACUAUUUUGAAAAUUGCCACCGAGUACACGAAUGAGCCCGGGAUCCGGUCACUGGAAAAAAGAAUAGCAUCUAUUUGUCGGAUCAAGGCAAUUGAGCACGAGCAGGCCACCGAAUCGGAGCCAUCUACGUAUUCAGCAACUGUCAAAGUUGACGAUCUUCCAAAGUACAUUGGUGCUGGCAGAACGAGCGCGAGAGAUAUGCAUAGAAAGAACUUUAACACAAUUCAGGAGCAAUACGGGGUUGCAAACGGCCUUUCUUACAACAGUGACGGGUCGGGCUCGUUACUAAGCUUUGAAAUGGUCGGCCUUCCGGGUGAAAAAUCGUUGAUUUGCACGGGAAAUCUAGGAGACGUUCUUUUGGAAAGUGCCCAGAUUGCAGAUGUGCUUGUUGGAUACUUGCUCAACAGGCGGAUGCUUGUUUCCGCAAGCGAUUCUUUCAACAUUGAGGCGGCUUUGGACAGGUACAGAAGCACGGAAGUGCAUCUUCACGUUCCGGAAGGUGCGAUUUCCAAAGAUGGACCUUCUGCAGGCAUCACCAUUACAACAUGUCUUCUUUCGUUAAUUCUCCGCAAGCCAAUUCCGGCCGAUGUUGCAAUGACGGGCGAAAUUACCCUAACAGGCAACGUUCUUCCGAUUGGCGGGCUAAAGGAGAAGCUUUUGGGAGCACAUCUAAGUGGCUGUAUAUCAAAAGUGAUCGUCCCGAGACUUAACCGCAGAGAUAUUAUUGAAAGCUACACUUCGGAUAUGAAAGAUAGAAAGGUAUCGCACGAAAAGCUACGGGAUCUAAUCCUGACUGAAGAGAAGUUGAUAUCGGGAAACAAGCAGACCAAGGCAGUUUUUGGAGAGCCAGAAAAACGCAUUAGGGACGAGCUCGGAAUUCAGAUUGUGUACGUGGAUGAUUUUUCGGACGUUAUCGAACAAGUGUGGCAGGGAGCCAUACGAGUGAAACAGGCGGUGCAGCGAGAAAGAACCAGCCGUCUAUAA